AUGAGUGAUGGAGAAGGAGUGACGGAGGUCAAUGUAGGUGGAGUUUUUAGAACAGCUGAGAUCUCUGGUGCGACGUUUUCCGUCUGGCUCUGGUUGAUUUUGGUGUUCGCCAUCUUCAUCAAGUCUUCCUCGGCUGGCCAGGAAAUCAUCACAGCUGAGACUGAACAGGAUGUUACUCUGCCAUGUCAAGCUCCAGACAACAUCAUAGGUAUAGAGUGGAGCAGACCUGAUCUAAAUGAGGAAUAUGUUCUUUUGUAUCGGGAUGGGCGGUCUGAUCCAAAACACCAGCAUCCAUCUUUUGUGAACCGGGUGUAUCUGAAGGACAGAGAUAUGAAGGAUGGAGAUGCGUCUCUGAUUCUGAAGAAUGUGACAACUGCCGAUAAUGGAUCAUACGAGUGUCGCGUGAGGACAGGAACAAGCCGCAGAAAAAGAGCAUAUCUGGAAGUAGAUCCCAUCAAUAUCAUCUACCUGAGUGUUGUUGUUCCUCCAGUUGAGUGA